AUGUCCGAGAAGCGCUUCGACAAGGCGCCCGCCUCGCCGCAGCCGCAGCGCCCCCGCUCCGGCUCGCGCCGCGGGACGUCGUUCCUCAGCUCUCGGCACGUCGACGAGAAGCGCACGCCCGCCGACUCGCCCGCGCUCGAGGGCGACCUCGUCCUGCCCCCGCCAGCCGUCGCCUUUGUCCCGCCCGGCGCGGGCAACAAGCUCCAGGUGCGGUGGCAGAAGCUCAAGCGCCGCAUCGGCAACGGCUCGGCGCCGUCCGAGAGCCUCGGCGACCCGACCAACACGACGGGCUCGGACGCCGGCUCGUCGUUCGUCGGCAACCGGCGCAACGCGCAGAACAGCACGGCGGGCGGCGGUGGCGGCGGGCGCGAGGAGGAGGACGAGCUCGUCGACGAGGUCGUCGUCGACCAGAGCGAGGAGUACGACUGCUGGAAGCGGACGACGAUCCCUUCGCAGUCGGCGAGCCAUCGCAACGGGACGGGCACGGCGGGCGGGACGGGGCCGAUCGGGACGAUGCCGAGCGAUGGGAGCAGCCUGCGUCAGACGGCGUACGAGACCAACGGGCCGGUCGACGCCGUCGUCGGCUUUGCGCGGUAUCGCGUGUGGCCCUACCUGACUCGCUUCUUUGCGCCGUCGUACCACGACCCGGCGGUCGAGGACGCGUACCAGAAGGAGUGCUGGUUCAACGGCAAGGGCGCCCACAUCUUCGGCGCGGCCUACCUCACCCUGAACUGGGUCCUCACCGUCUCGCUGUUGCCCAAGCCGUGGUCGCACUGGAACGAGGCCAACCUGUACGCCAUCUGGCCCGCAUUCGCCGUGCCGCUCCUAGUCCUCGCCGCGUUCGACGUCCCUCGCCGGCACAACAACAUCUGGCAGGCCGUCCUCUUUGUCGCCAUCCUGUUCCCGGCCAUCCACAACCCGAUCGACAUGCACCUGUGCGGCUACUACACGGCGGCGGCGCAGUGCGGCAAGAAGGACUACAUGGCCACGCUCUACUACGUCUCGGCGUUGCCGGUCGUCGCGCUGUUCGCGAUGGGCCAGAAGCGCAUCUGGGCCGUCGUGUACGACAUCAUCUGGCUCGUCAUCGUCGCCGUCCUCAUCCUGCCCAACCGGACGCCCUACGUUCGCAACCUCGUCAACAUCCUCCUGUUCCAGGGCUUCAUCCUCUUCCUGCACUACAUGCGCGAGAUGGCCGACCGGCGCAUGUACACGAUGCGCGCCGAGCUCAAGAUCUCGUUCAAGGCCAAGCAGCGCGCCCAGCAGAAUGAGAAGCGUCAACUCGACGCCAAGCGCCGGUUCUCGAGCUACAUCUUCCACGAGGUCCGGGUCCCGCUCAACACGGCGCUCCUCGCCGUCCAGAACCUCCAGGGCCUCAACGUGUUCGACAAGAAUUCCGAGUUCGCCAUCGAGUACUCGGCCCUCGAGGGCUCGCUCGCCAUGAUGUCGCAGGUCCUCAACGACGUCCUCGACUUCUCGCGCAUGGAGCGCGGCGGCUUCUCGUCCGUCUCGCGCCCGUUCUCGCUCCACAACGUCAUGAGGUCCAUCUUUGUCCCCCUGCGACUCGAUGCGGCCUCGCGUGGCCUCCAGCUCGAGACGUCGCUCGACCUGCGCGUCGACCAGCUCGCCGUCCGCGCCGCCGAGAUCGGGCCGGGCGACGCGAGCACCGAGGAGGGCGACGGCUUCGUCAUGGGCGACGAGAUGCGCCUGCGCCAGAUCCUCGCCAACCUGGUCUCGAACGCCGCCAAGUUCACGCCGUCCGGCGGCCGCAUCGGCAUCAAGACCGAGCUCAUCUACCCGACCCAGGAGGACGAGCUCGUCAAGCCGCAGUGCCUCCCCGACUCGACCGACUUUGGCGAGCUCGAGCGCUCGCCGUCCAAGGGCGACGACGAGGGCGCCAUGACGGACGACACGCUCGGCGGCGGCGCGUCGCGGCUCACGCCAAACCGGCUGCAGGAGCACGAGGCGACGACGGGCGCGGCCACGGGCAAGGAGAUGAUGGUCGUCCGCUUCGAGGUCUCGGACACGGGCGUGGGCAUCCGCAAGAGCGACAUGGCCGAGAACAGGCUCUUCUCGCCUUACGUCCAGACGGCCGUCGGGCGCGAGCAGGGCGGCAAGGGCACCGGUCUCGGCCUCUCGCUCGUGCGCCAGAUCGUCAUGCUCUCGGGCGGCCGACUCGGCGUGCGGUCCAAGGUCGGCGAGGGCAGCACUUUCUUCGUCGAGCUGCCGUUCGCCAUCGGCACGCAGACGCGCGAGGACGACGGGCAGCCGGCGCUCAACCAGACGGCCGUCAGGCGCCCGGGCACGUCGACGAGCACGCUCGAGAAGCAGCUCAAGGGCGACACGAGCGCGUCGACGGCGGCCGUCACGCCGGGCACCGACUCGUCGACCGCGAGCGACUACCGCUUUGUCGGCUCGCUGCGCAAGCGCUCGAGCGACCCGACGCUCGACAGCAUCGAUGAGUCGACGCCGUCGUCGCCCGGUCGAGCCGGUUCGCCCAUGAGCGAGCCUCCUUCCCCCUCCGUGUUCGCCUCGCCGCCCAACGUCGCCACCCCGAACCUCUUCCUGUCGGGCCAGUCGACGCCUACCUCGAGCCCGUCGUUCACCCACCCGUUCGGCGGCUCGAACUCGACCCUGCGACCGACGCCGCACUCGCACAUCUCGUCGUCGUCCGCCCCCGCCGAGGUCACUCUCGCCCCGAGCCAGGCCUCGGUACCCGUCGUCUCGCCCAAGCCGCUCCCGGCCAGGGCGACGCCGCGUGCGCUCGCGCCCAAGGCCGGCGCCGGCAGGCUCGAGUUCGCCGACGGCCCGCUCAAGGUCCUCGUCGUCGACGACGACACGCUCACGCGCAAGCUCAUGAGCCGCAUGAUGCAGCGUCUCGGGUGCGAGGUCGAGACGGCCGAGAACGGCAAGAUCGCGCUCGACAUGAUCCUCGCGCCGCCGCCACCGGGCGCCGUCGUCCCUGCUCGCGAGGACGAGACGUCGCUCGCCGACAGCGAGUCGCCUCGUGGCUCGCCGUCGCUCUCGCGCGUCGCCGACUUUGACGCCGCCGAGCGCGGUAUGGGCGGCGGCGGCGGCAUCAUCGGCGGCGUGCUCAAGCACGGCGGGUCGAGGCGAGGCGGCAAGAGGGUCGGCCUGCCCGGCCCGCCCGACUCGGCGAUCGGCGUCGACGCGUACCAGCACUACGCCGUCGUCUUCCUCGACAACCAGAUGCCGGUCUGCUCGGGCGUGCAGGUCGUCCAGAAGCUGCGCCAGCUCGGUCGCGACGACCUCGUCGUCGGCGUUACCGCCAAUGCUCUCCUGUCUGACCAGGAGCAGUACCUCGAGUCGGGCGCCUCGUUCAUCCUCACCAAGCCUGUGCUCGAGGCCGACCUGCGCAAGUACCUGCACGUCGCCGACAAGCGCCGUUCGGAGCGCAAGGACUCUGGCACUCGCGCUCAGCGCCAGGCCAUGGUGACCGCCUCGGGCCCGGUCUUCCCGCCGAUGGACCCGAUCGGCCCCGACGCUGAGGACGACUAGACGUCCACGGCUCCUCGCCUCGAUUCUCUCGGCUUCCAUCGUCCUCGCCGUCUUUUCCCUCCCCUCUUCCCCCCUCUCGCUUCGCCCUAUACGACACUCCCUCAUCCGCCUCCCUGUCGCACUACCUACUCCUCUACACGCUCGCUAUCCGCAUCCCCUGUCUAUAAUGCCCUGCCUCCACAUCGCAACUUGCCUCGUUCCCCCCGAUCCUCCCCUCAGCCGACGCCGCCCUUCAUACACGCACAGGCGCGCGCUCUCCUUCCCACCUUUGGUUGUACGAUCUAGCUUCCCUCCCUCUCUCUCGUUAGUUCGCAUGACUUUCGGCCGCAGUAGCUUGGUCCUGGUUUGUACUGCCUUUUCGCCUCGUC